AUGAGCAGAAGGAAACAGACCUUCGUUGUAAGAGAUGAUGCUUCGCAGUCCCAGAAUGACAUGGGUGCACCAUCGCCUAAACGAUCAAAAGAUGCUGCACGAAAGCGACUAGAGAGAGAAAAUGAAAGCGAAGAGCAGACUGCGGCUCGACAUCUCACGAACUCCCGAAGUUAUGCAAAAUCUAGGGAAAACGAAACUGUCCCCGAGACUUUAGCAAGGCUAGAACGGCGGAGAACUAAUCGAAUUAAUGCAGCUGAUCGCAGAAUACAAGCUACUUGCCGAAUGGCAUUAAUCAACGAAAUAGACGAGUCUCAAUUUCCCUUACACAAUAUUGGACAAUUUGAUGUUAUUUGCAAUGACUGCAAUGCUAUUCAUUUUGAAAACGAAAGAGCAGGAGAUGGAAAAUUUACUGUUUGUUGUAAUAAGGGUAAAGUAAAAUUACCCGAAAUUCAGACCAAUGAUUACAUUAAGGGAUUGUUGACAGGAACAGACCCUGAUUCAAAGCACUUUUUUGAUAACAUCCGAUCCUAUAAUAGUGCAUUUGGUUUUGCAUCUGUUGGAGCUCAAAUUAGAGCACCUCCAGGUUUCGGCCCGUACUGCUUUAGAAUCCAUGGUCAAAUAUACCAUAGAACAGGAACAUUACAUCCUGAAGGGAGUGAACCUAGGAAGUAUGCUCAAAUUUAUAUUCUUGAUCAAGAACAAGCUACUGCCCAGAGAAUGAAUCAACCAGCCAACCAUAAUGAUCUUGCAAAAGCAUACAAAAUGUUAUAUGAAGUUGAACAGGAGGAGAAAGAUAAGGCAGCUCGCGAAGGACGAGUAGAAAAUCAGAUUUCGAUGGCCAUUUUACAAAACCGAAAUUCUGAGAGAUAUAGAAAAUAG